AUGAAGAGUUCGGUUGCUCUGUGGUGGGUGUGGAGAGGGAAGCUAGCUCCGGGGCCGAGGUCAAGGCGCGUCACGGUCAUGCCAAGGGUGUUUCUACCCGGGACAAGAGUGGUGUUGAGUGUGGUGACGGCUAGCUUUAACGGGUUGUCGACGUUGCCAGGCUGGCUGAGGACGUCUGAGAAGAAGUCCUUGCUUGUGGUUUCUAGAGGGUCUUUGCAAGGCAAUGGGAGGUUGUCGUAUUCUUUUGCUCCCUUACUAAAAUCUGCGACGCAGAUGUCCUGCGUCGGCAUGGGGUCGAAGGCCACGCCUAGGCCGAGUAUAAUAUUCAUGAUGGCUAACACAAAAAAGAUUAUGUAUGGGGUGAUUAGUGAUGUGAUGAUUAAGCGUGGUCAAAAUUUUAGGGAAGGGUGGGGGAAUUUUAUAAGUGAGUUUCUUCACUAA